AUGCACCGAAGAAGACGGCAAAUCGACCUCGUGCUCUCUAAACUUUUGGCAUCCUCCUCUUCGUCGUCGAGCGUUCGUCUUCCUCGCCGCCACUUUUGGGCGGCCGCCGCAGCGGAGCUCGGUGGUAGUCAUGGAGGAAAAAAAGGAAAAGGAACAACGUUUUUGUCAAAGUCGUUAUCCACUUCAUCCAAUCCGCAAAAGCAGCGCGCGGCAGGAGCAGCACAAGACGACAUCCAAUCGACGCUUCGAAGAGUCAAUCGAAGGAUAUCUCUAGGCGUGGACUCCGUGACGUCCGGUGAAGUCGCAAAAGCGAACGCGAAGUGGGUAGAUAAAGAAGAAGAAGGAAAAGGUGAGAAUUUGCUUGGGAAACGACCCCCAAUAGCAGCAGCAGGAACAGCAGGAGCAGCGGUAGCGGAAGACUUUGACGACGACUCUGUCGUAGUUCGCGCGAACAACGCGACGACGACGAUGAUUUUCCUCCACGGAUUCGGGGACACCGCGCCGCAGUGGGAAGCGUUCGCGAGGACGCUCGUGCGCGGGAUGGAAGAGUACGUGGAUGUGGUUUUACCGUCCGCGCCGAAGAGGUAUUACGCGACGAACGCAAACGAGGAAGAGGAUGAGGAAGAGACAUCGUCAUCCGGUGGUAACGGUAAAAAGACGCAAGGCAGUGGAGGCGAAUUAUUCAGCGGCCGAGCGUGGUUUGCGCCGAGGUUGCUACCGAGUCGAACGGAUUACGAGAGCAUAUUAGCGGAAUAUGAAGACUUGUUGGACGAGAACCAAGCGGAGUUGGAGAAACGGUCGUUCUCGUGCGACGGGAUGAGAGACUCGUUCGAAAGAUUGAAACGGUUAGUCGAGAACGAAUACCCGCGGGAGGUUAUUUUGAGCGGGUUUUCGCAAGGUGCGGCGAUGGCGGUAUCGUUGAUGUGUUCUGGGGAUCAAAAGCCGAAAAAUUUAGUCGGAUGCUUGAGCUUUAGAGGGUACUUGCCGAGGAAACCAGACGAGAUGAAAGUGGGAAACGAGACGACGUCGAGGACGAGCGAGGAGAGUGACGAUACGACUGGCGUGAACAACAAGAAUGUUUUGCUCAUGCUCGCGGGCGAAUCAGAUCCGUUAGUCCCAGUUCGAUGGACAAAAGAGGCGAAAGUAAAAGCAGAGUCGCUCGGAUUGGACGUCCAGGCGUUUUUCAGCGAAGGGUACGGGCACAACGUGACCAGCGAUGAUAUAUACAGAGCGCGUUCGUGGUUACGUUCGAGAGUUGUUUUAUAG